AUGGAGGCGAAUGAGAAGCUGGAGAAGGUUGGAGAAGGAACAUAUGGCAAGGUGUACAAGGCCAAGGACAGGAAGACUGGGCAAUUGGCAGCCCUCAAGAAGACCAGGCUCGAAUCUGAUGAGGAAGGCGUCCCUCCCACUGCCCUUCGUGAGAUCUCCCUUCUGCAGAUGCUUUCACAGGAUCUUCAUGUUGUAAGGUUGCUUGUUCUGAAAAAUGCCUUGUGCGUUUUGGAGUUUCUUUUGAGUAGCUGUAAUGUGAGUUUAUCAAAAGAAACCGUUAAUUUUUUUAUGAGUUCUUCAGUGCAUUGCAAUGUGAUAAACUGUAAUAUGAUUCUAUAA